CCAUAAGUUGCCCUCAUCUGCUACGACACUGCUGUGAGAGCACAGGCUCUUCUCUGCGAUGGCAGCACUCUCUUCAUCCCUCCUCCUCUUGUUCGCAGCUCAUUUUCUCACCACAUCCUUCUCUCUAGAACUGAACUUCUACAGGGACUCAUGCCCCAGGGCGGAGCUCAUCGUGAAAGAGGUGGUGCAAAAGCAUUGCCAGAAGGACCCAUCAGUCCCUGCCGGCCUUAUCCGCCUGCAUUUCCAUGAUUGUUUCAUCAAAGGAUGUGAUGCUUCGGUGCUCGUCGACAGCACCGAUUACAAUAUAGCGGAGAAGGAGGCUCCUCCCAACCUGACACUGAGGGCGUUCGACGUGAUCGACGACAUCAAGGCUGAAGUGGAGAAGGAAUGCCGCGGCGUCGUGUCCUGUGCUGACAUAUUAGCGCUGGCCGCAAGAGAUGGGGUCGCACUGUCAGGGGGAGAGGCGUACCCUCUUCCGACCGGGCGAAGAGAUGGGACUGUUUCUUUGAUGGAAGAUGCUCAUUUUCCUGGCCCGUCCUUCUCCGUCCAGGCUGCCCUAUCUGCCUUCCAAACGAUCAACCUUGAUUUGGUAGAUCUCACAACACUACUAGGGGCUCAUAGCAUUGGAUUGUGCCACUGUGGAUUCUUCAUCGACAGGCUUUACAACUUCCGUGGUAGCGGUUUAGCUGACCCACACAUAGAUCCUGGCCUGCUCGAUACGCUCCGACACAAAUGCCCCUUCGAGGUGGUGGAGAUCAAGAACGUGAGCAAAGAUCCCAAAGUCUUCAUGAACCAAGCAGCAGCUGCCUCCUCCUCGCCUUUCACUUUGAACACCUCUUUCUACCGAGGCUUGCUCGAUUACCGGGCCGUGCUGCGCCUCGACCAGAACUUGGCUUUCACCGACUUCACUAGUAGAUUGGCUGCAUCCUAUGUUGAUGAUCCAAAGCUCUUUCUCGCUCAGUUCUCCAAGUCGAUGAUCAAACUGGGAAGCGUUGGCGUUUUAACAGGACGAGACGGGGAGAUCAGAUCAAAUUGUCGAAGCAUAAACGAUGGAACAUGAGACGAGUCCAAGUUUUCUGUAUCGAUGCCAUAUGUAACAACAAGCCUUAUUGAUUCUCGAGUCACUUCGGCUGAUGCUGUACCUCCUUGGAUCUUAUGGGUGCUAAAAGCUCUUUGCUACUUGGUCGCUUUAGAUCCUAAAUUCCAUCAAAUGCCCGUUCAUUUUUUGUGUUUA